AUGGAAUAUAAAUACACAUUUACAACCACAUCAAAUACAUUUAAAAAAUCUAAUUCAUCAAAAUCUACUGUUUCAUCGAAUCCAAAUAAUUUCUUACUCGUUAAUAAUCCAAAAUUUCAAGAUAAUCCUGAAAUCAAUAAAAUCAGUGCUACACCAUCUCAUGAGACACAUUCAUCUGUAUGGAUGCCUGAAUUAUCAGAUCAUAUGGGAUCUAAUCAAAGAACAUUUAACGCUAAUAUGAAUCAUGAUUCACUGUCGUGUACAACUAUGAAUGAUUCUAUUAAUAAUUCACAUCGAAAUGAAACUACACUAAAUUAUAACAAUGAAUGUUCUAUUGAUUGUACAGAGUUCAAUAAUCAAUCAAAAUACGACAUAAUUAACAAUAAUAAUUCACUAAGUGGACGUACAAAUUUUACAACUAGACAAUUAACUGAAUUAGAAAAAGAAUUUCAUUUUAAUCGUUAUCUAUCACGUGCAAGACGUAUUGAAAUUGCAGCUGAUUUAAGUUUAACAGAAACUCAAGUGAAAAUUUGGUUUCAAAAUCGUCGAAUGAAACAAAAGAAACGUAUAAGAGAUAAAAUUUUAGGUAGUACUUAUCAUGAAAUAGAUGAGAUUACAACAUCAAUAACAACUAGUCCUUCGUUAUGUAUCUCUAAUAAUUUAAAUAAUAAAAUUAAUCAAUCUUGGAAUUUAAUCAGUUCACAAACAUUUAAUAAUCAAUUAUCUAUGGAAGAAAACAAACAAUUAAGUCAUAUCAAUGAUAAUAUCAUUACUCCUGUUAAUAAUGAUAAUAAUAACCAGAAUAUUUAUUACCAUAACAAACAUUUUAUGGAUUAUAACAUUCAAGAUUUACGUAAUCAUUUAAUAUUUCAUCCCUCUACAGCUUAUACUACUACUACUACUACUGUUGCUUCCAAUAGGAUCACUACUACUAUUACUACCAAUACUAAUACUACUAACAAUAGAAUCUCAACUAAACGUAACUGA